GCGGGGAGGAAGGCAGCCGGUGAGGGGGUUAUCGGAGGAGCGGAGGCCGCCAUGGACCGGAGGAAGAAGCCGCUGGAUGUGGCCGCCUCCUCGUUGGUAGAUCUCAAAGCAGAACUCUUCCGAAAGCAAGAAGAAUUCAAGAAGGAAAAGCUACUGAAAGAUGCUGGCAUCUUUACAAAGCCCAAAACUUCUAAUAAGAAACCAAGCAUCUGGAACAAACAAAACACAGGAGUUGCAAAUCGAGCAGAGAAAGAUGCUGAGCAAAAGGCAGAAGAGGAGCAUAUAUUGGAUAAGUCAAGGAAAAAACUAGAAGAGAAAGCAAAGCUGUAUGAGAAAAUGACAAAAGGCGACUUUCCAGAUGAAGAAACUGAGGAUUUGUACCUAGUGGAUUUCACUCAGAAGAUCAUAGACAAACAGCACGAAGUACAGGAACUGUAUCAGAGCGAAGCUGCUCAAAAGAGUUCAGAAAAAGAUGCAGAUGAUGAGGAAACUCAACCUGAAGUUGAAAUACCACCACCCGAGGACCCAGACGAAGAAUGGGUUGAUUAUGUUGAUUUCUUGGGCCGAUCUAGACGCUGUAUGAAGAAGGAUUUACCAAGUCUACUUAAAAUGGAUCAGGAACUUCAAGGGAAAAGACAAGGUCCUGAUGGGAAUACUCUGUUAUCUGAAGACAUGAGAAGAGAACUUCAGAGGCAGCAGUGGGAAAAAGAAGAAGAAGAAGCACUCAGAAAACCCAUGGGACCCAUACAUUAUGAGGACAUUCGGGAAAAUGAGGCCAGACAGCUUGGUGUUGGCUACUUUGCCUUUUCUCGUGACAAAGAACUUAGGCAUAAACAACGGGCAACACUGGAUAUGCUAAGAGAGCAGACACUUGAUCAGAGAACUAAACGUGAACAGCUAAAAGAAAAGAGGAAGGCAGCUCUGGAUGCGAGGCUGUCUAAACUUCGAGCGCGGAAGAUUAAGAAGUUAAGGGAAGCUGGAUUAGAGGAAGAGGCAGAAAAAUUGGAGAAUGGAGAGGUGAAAGGUGUUACUGACGAACCAGAAGCUCCAAGAGUUACUGCAGCAAGUAGAAAGGUAGAGGUUGUCAUCCAGGAGAGAAGAGAUACAAAGCCUGGAGUGCCCUAUGUCCGAGAGUGGGAUAAAGGCAAAGAAUUGAUGUUUGGACAAUGGUCAAAGAAACAGGAGGAACUCAGAGAUGAGCGAGAUCCAGAAUUUGCACCACCUUCUGAUUACUUUAUGGGACAAAAGAAAGAUGAUACUUACAGAAGUCAGAAUUUGAACAGUCCUGAAACUUCCUCUGAAAAACUGGAAACAGACACAGUGCAAAGUCAGCAGAUGCCACCAGCGCAGGCCAAUGGCAGCAGCUCUGAAGAUGUGCCGCCGGCAGCGCAGCCUUACAACAGCAGUGUUCAAGAUGAGCCAACCUCAAGAGAGGCCGGUGGCAGCAACCCACAAGAUGUGCCAUCAUCGUCAUCAGAGGAUGACAGCAGCGAUGAGGAGGAUCUGCUGCCCUCGGCACAGGCUUACGGCUACGGUGCUCCAGGCGUGCCGCCAUCGAUGCAUGCUUACGGCUACGGCGCUCAAAACAUGCUGUCAUCAAUGCAGGCUUAUGGCUAUAGUGCUCACGAUAUGCCCUUUCCGAUGCCGGCUUACGGCUACGGCGCUCAAGGCAUGGGGCCACCGAUGCAUGCUUACGGCUACAACACUCACAAUAUGCCCUUUCCAAUGCAGGCUUACAGCUAUGGCGCCCAAGAUGUGCCACCACCAAUGCCGGCGUGUGGCUGCAGCGCUCAGGAUGUGGCACCGCCAGUGCAGGCGUGUGGCUGCAGCGCUCAGGAUGUGCCACCACCAGCACAGGCCUGCGGCUGCAACGCCCAAGAUGUGCCGCCGCCAGCACAGACCGACAGCAGUGACGCUCAAAAUCAGGAACCACUUUAUCAAAGUUUAGAUGAUAUGCUGUCUUAUUACAGACAAGUGACUUGAACUGAGCAAAAAGAUAAGCAAGAAUUGUAAUUUAACUAUUUGAAAUAGAUUUAUCUUCUCGGCAAGAAUAUGAUUUUCCCACAGCUGGGAAAAAUAAGUUUCUGUAAGUAGAUCAAAAUAAAUUUCCUGGAGACCUAA